AUGGGAAAUAAUAUCAUCAUUAAAAUUCCUAAGCCUCUAGUUGCAGUGGUAAAUGGUCCAGCAGUGGGAAUCUCUGUCACUAUCUUGGGACUCUUUGAUAUCGUCUAUGCAUCCGACAGGGCAACAUUCCAUACUCCAUUUAGUCACCUGGGCCAAAGUCCAGAAGGAUGCUCCUCUUACACAUUUCCAAAGAUAAUGGGCUCAAGCAAGGCAGCAGAGAUGCUUAUUUUUGGGAAGAAGUUAACAGCAGGAGAAGCCUGUGCUCAAGGACUUGUGACUCAAGUUUUUCCCGACAGUACUUUUCAGAAAGAAGUUUGGACCAGGCUGAAAGCAUAUUCAAAGCUCCCCCCAAAUGCCAUGAGAAUCUCCAAAGAGAUCAUUAGGAAGAAUGAGAAAGAAAAGCUUCAUGCGGUUAAUGCUGAAGAAUGCAAUGUCCUCCUAAGCAGAUGGCAGUCAGAUGAGUGCAUGAAUGCAGUCGUGAACUUCUUAUCCAGAAAAGCAAAACUGUAAUGUUGAAUAUCACAUAACUGUGGAAGCCACAGAAAAGUUAAGCAUUAUGAAUAAAGGGAUAUGCUAUUC